AUGCGACGCUUUCUGCGCUCAUCAACGCGCUCCGUUGCGCAGUGGUUGAGAGCACACCCAACGGGGCUAGCUCCUGCGGGAGACCUUUGUCGCCCCAUACCAAUCUUCUCUUCGUCUACCGGGGCAUUCACUGGAAUUUUGAUCGGAACUAUAGGAUCUGCCCUGUGGUUUGCAGAAGGCACAGAAGGGCCUCGAAGCGAUUUCCACGCACUGCAGACUAGAAGCUAUGCCAGUCCAGCAUCUACAAGGAAAGGAAUCGCACAAAUUCGCCAAGAACUCGGAGACGCUUCGGUGAGCACGGACGAAGACGAUAUAGAAGAGCACGGAUAUUCAGAGUGGUCGACAUCCAACUCAUCCGUCAGGCCGAAAGCUGUCGUACGUCCAACGAGUACGCAGGAUGUGGCCCGUAUAGUCAAGAUUUGUUCCCGCUACAGAAUCCCAAUGGUGCCAUACGGCGCGGGUUCCAGUGUAGAGGGCAACUUUUCCUCCACACACCCCGGGGUCUGCAUUGACUUAUCCCUUAUGGACAAGAUUGUGGAGUUUCACCCAGACGACUUGGAUGUGACUGUGCAGGCUGGCGUAAACUGGACUCAACUUAACGAAAGCAACGAACUUAAGGCAAGUGGGUUGUUCUUGCCUCUCGAUCCUAGCCCAACGGCACAGAUUGGUGGCAUGAUUGCAACGAACUGUAGUGGAACCAACGCCAUGAGAUAUGGCACGAUGAAGGACUAUGUUCUAAGUUUGACUAUUGUACUAGCGGACGGCUCUAUCAUUAAGACCAGGCGUCGGCCGCGCAAGACUUCAGCUGGUUACAACCUGAACGGCCUAUUUACCGGAUCCGAAGGCACACUUGGAAUUAUCACGGAGGCAACCCUAAAACUAGCGGUUGUACCAUCUGACUACAGUGUGGCAACCGCUACAUUUUUAACCGUAAAGGAUGCUGCGGACGCGGCGUCCAAGAUGAUUCGCAAAGGCAUUAACCUCGCCGCUUGCGAACUGAUGGAUGAUGAACAGAUGAAAGUCAUAAACAAGAGCGGUUCGCAACAAAACAUCGAGGACAGUGUUCGGUUGGCAAAGAGCGUAGCGUACCGAAUUCGCCUGUCUCAAUUUUCGCAUGCAAAGCUGACGCGUAUAGAAGAGGAAUCCAAAAACGAUGCAAUGCAGAUGGGCCUCUUCUCCAGCGUACUUGGUCACGUUGGUGACGGCAACUUCCAUCAGAUGAUCAUGUAUGAUCCGAAGAGACCAUCGGACGUGGCGAACGUAAAGGGCUUCAUAAAUGGAAUGAUGCACAAAGCUUUAGAGAUGGAAGGAACUGUGUCGGGCGAACAUGGCAUCGGCAUUGGGAAGAAGCAUUGCUUACUUGAAGAAUUGGGCUCUGAUACAAUUGGGGUAAUGAAGGCUAUCAAAGAUCGCUUGGAUCCUCACUGGCUCAUGAAUCCUGGGAAGAUAUUUGACGAAUAA